UCAAUUGUUCUCCCCACCUAGACGCAAUUUUGGAAAACACCAAACAAGGGCUGUUUUCUAAACUACUGCAUCGAGGAAGUUUAUUAGAAACAUUACGAAUAUUGGCAUUAAAACUGUGUGGCCGAAAACCGACCAUUUCCAACCGCCAUGUUGAAGAAACAGUCAAGUUUUCAAUCGGUUAGACGGAUGGAUUAAAACUUCCGCUGUGUGCUAGCAUGACUUGAACCUUUUAAAUAAUAAAUUAUUAUAAUUUUCUUUAAGUCUUAAGUCAUAUUUUUAAAACGACAAAAAUGAGUGAAUCGAAGUUAAAGUUGCAUGUUGUUUUCAUUGUUUUGUGUAUAAUUCGAGGGAUUUGUGGCGUUGAUGAUUCACUUUUAUUCUCUGUGACGCGAGCGCCUAGAUACUUCGGCAUACUGCAGGACCACCGCGGGCAACCGUUGUCGGUGGAAAUAUCUGAGGAGUAUAUGGAUCAGGACUACAUCGCUACUAACAGGAAGAGGCAUAAGAUCGAUUGGAAUAAGAAUCCACUCGACAUGGACGACUUCGAUGACGAUGACACGGAAGAAAUAUUCGACGACAAGGACAAGGACGUCAAGUUGCCGAAUAAGUACAACCUGCAGGCUGGGCCGGUGUAGCGUUGUAUCGUAAUUAAAUCUUCAGUGCGCCCGCGCCACUUUCUUUAUUCAGUGAUUAAACUGAGAGCUAUAGAAUAGUGUUUUAAACUUGAGUUAGCGACCCCGCGCACUAGGCAGCCAGUCGAACAUUAUGACGGUGUAUGGCACUAAGCGGCCAAGAGUGUUCUAUCGGAUUGCUAGGCUGCCUGUGCGCGGGCCACUAGACUAAAGAAAGAGGUGCAGGAUCCUAGAAUAAUGUAGAUAAAUUGCAUAGAUCCCGUUGUUAGAUUUAAUAAUUUAAUUGUAACAUAUUAAAAGUGUGUCAAAGAUC